CUCUCUCUCUUCCCUUGUUGAAGCGAAAUCUGCUGCAAAAACGCAGAGGGUUCUGCAGAAAGUCUUGUAUCUCUGAUCCCAAUAUCGCCUCUCUCUCUCUCUCUCUCUCUCUCUCUCUCCCUCCCUCUCAUGCACACCCUUAACGAGAAAACUGUCUUCUUCUUCUCCUUCUUCUUUUCAUCAUCACAGUAGUCAGAGUUCUCCCUCUUUCUCUCUGUGUGGUCCUCUCUCUUUUUCUUCAAAACCCUCGUCGCUCCUCUUCCUCGCCACAGAUAAAAAGUACAGACUUUCUUCUCCCCGAUACCCUUUCAGACUUUUGAUUUGCCCUUCCUUUCUUUUUGCUGGUGGACUACAUAUCCUCUUCCUAAGAGUUUCGACUGAUUCUCUUGGGCAGGAACAUACCCGAGCACAUAACCCCAACCAAAUGCAAGAGCCGAACUUGGCCAUGAUGGGCGGCGGCGGGGGCGGGGUCGGCGCCGGUCUGAGCAGCGAGGCGUCGUUCUCGGGGGACCACCAGCAACGCCAGCUCAGGGCGGAGAUCGCCAGCCACCCGAUGUACGAGCAGCUGCUGGCGGCCCACGUGGCGUGCCUCCGCGUCGCGACCCCGAUCGACCAGCUGCCGCUGAUCGACGCGCAGCUCGCGCAGUCGCACCAUCUCCUGCGCUCCUACGCCGCCGCCUCCUCCUCGGUGCAGCACGGCGGCAGCAGCCUCUCUCCUCGCGACAGGCAAGAGCUUGACAAUUUCUUGGCACAAUAUCUGGUGGUACUAUGUAGCUUCAAAGAGCAGCUGCAACAACACGUUAGAGUCCACGCCGUUGAAGCCGUCAUGGCCUGCCGUGAAAUCGAAAACACCCUCCAAGCUCUUACUGGAAUGAGUUUGGGCGAAGGAACCGGCGCGACCAUGUCGGACGAUGAGGAUGAGUUGCAAAUGGAUUUCUCGUGGGAUCAAUCCGGUGCGGAUGCUCACGACCUGACGGGAUUCGGUCCUCUCCUUCCAACUGAAUCCGAAAGGUCUUUGAUGGAGAGAGUUCGCCACGAAUUGAAGAUCGAACUCAAGCAGGGUUUCAGGUCAAAAAUUGAGGAUGUUAGGGAGGAGAUACUACGGAAAAGGAGAGCCGGAAAAUUACCUGGCGACACUACUUCUGUGUUGAAAAAUUGGUGGCAGCAACACUCAAAAUGGCCAUACCCGACUGAAGAUGACAAGGUGAAACUCGUGGAGGAGACAGGGUUGCAGCUGAAGCAAAUAAACAACUGGUUCAUCAACCAGCGGAAGCGAAACUGGCACAACAAUUCCCAAUCCGUCACCUCCUUGAAGUCCAAGCGCAAGAGGUAGGCGCAGCAAAGGGAACGACAAAGCUCGCCUUUGCGCCGCUAACCGAAACGACCAAACUUAUCAAAUCGGUAUUGACUCUGAUGUAACCUUUCUGAUAUACUGGGGGGUAUACGUUAUAGCUAGAGCUGAACACUUGGUGGUGGUGGUGGUGGAUUCAAGCAGUGAUGGUAAUUAGAUGAUUCAUUAUGCUGUUAGUGCCUGUAACAAGUCAUGCAAAUUCCAGUAGAUUACAUACACAAAGCCCAGAAAAUUGAUUGUCUUUCUGUUUGGAUAGGAGUGCUUCUGUUGCCUAAUCUCUCUUGUAUUUAGGCCCAAAACAAGAAACAAGAUGUUAAUUUUUUUCUUUUGGUUUGUAAAAUUGUUGUUUUUGUCGGUGAUUCAAGGUGCAAUUCUUUUCCUU